UGGAGAUUGUUGGUGUGGUUCAUGUUUAGAUCAUAUUAUCGUUGAAUAUUUACUUUUAGGAAUAAUAAGAUCAGUUUCUAUAUCGAGUUUCGUGCUAAUGACUCAAAAUGGAUAAAAUACCAAGGACACACGAAGCUAUUGAAGCCCAAAUAAGAGAAAUACAAUCUAAAAAGAAUGAACUACCUGAAAACGGUUCUGGCAAAGGAGUCUCUUUGGGAGAAACAUACUAUGAUUCUGAUAUCUAUGAUAGUAGUGGACAAGGUGGCAAAUCAAGGUAUGAUGGCUAUGUAACAUCAAUUGCUGCAAAUGAUGAAGUUGAGGACGAGGAUGUUGAAAAUGUGUCAAUUAAUCAAAAGAGACCAGGCUACACAGCUCCAGCAUCAAUAUUAAAUGAUAUAGCGCAGAGUGACAAAGACUAUGAUCCAUUUGCUGACAAAAGAAGGCCAACUAUAGCAGACAGAGAAGAUGAGUACCGUCAAAAAAGGAGAAGGAUGAUUAUAUCUCCUGAACGUUCAGAUCCAUUUGCAGAAGGUGGAAAAACACCUGAUGUUGGAUCAAGAACUUAUACAGAAAUUAUGAAAGAACAAUAUCUUAGAGCCGAAGAAACUGAGUUAAGGAAGAAGUUACUAGAGAGAGCAAGAGAAGGAACCCUAAAACCAGUGGCUCAAUCAAAUGGAGAAGCUGCAAAACCUGCAGCAUCAAAACGCAAAGGUCGUUGGGAUCAAAGUUCAGAUGAAACUCCAACUGUGAAGAAGCCAAUUUUAUCUGUUUCUACUUCUGCUACUCCCAGCUCUCAAGCUACACCAUCUUGGGAAAACGAGCGCGGUGCUUGGGAGGAGACACCCGGUGGCGGCGGGCGCGGGGGCGAGACCCCGGGGGCGACGCCCUCGGCCCGCGUGUGGGACGCAACUCCUGCGCAUCUCACGCCUGGACAUGCCACGCCUGGCCGCGAGACGCCCGCGCAACACGCCUCUCGCCGCAACCGUUGGGACGAAACACCUAAAACUGACAGAGAAACUCCUGGCCAUGCCAGUGGAUGGGCAGAAACUCCACGAACCGAUCGCGGCGCAGGCGUAGACACCAUUCAAGAGACUCCCACCCCGGGGACUAAAAGACGGUCACGAUGGGACGAGACCCCCGGCGCCACGCCCGCCGCAGCCACGCCCACUCCCUCACACGCCACGCCAUCCCACGCCACACCAUCACACGCCACGCCCUCGCACGCCACCCCCACACCGCAUACCCCGAUCUUUACACCCGGAGGAUCGACUCCUGUGGGCGUGAAAGCUAUGGCCAUGGCCACUCCUACUCCUGGCCAUAUUGCAGCUAUGACACCUGAACAACUUCAAGCCUAUCGCUGGGAGAAAGAAAUAGAUGAAAGAAACAGACCAUUUACAGAUGAAGAACUUGAUGCCAUGUUCCCAGCCGGGUACAAGGUUUUGCCUCCGCCGGCGGGUUAUGUUCCUAUUCGGACACCGGCUAGAAAGCUGACCGCGACGCCCACGCCUUUGGCUGGUACCCCAAUCGGCUUUUUCAUGCAGCAGGAGGAAGUGGGGGGGUCCGCGGCGGCGGCGGCGCGCCUGCUCGACCCGCAGCCCAAGGGUAGCCAGCAACUGCCAUUCAUGAAGCCCGAGGACGCUCAGUACUUUGACAAACUGCUCAUUGACGUGGACGAGGAGACGCUGUCCCCCGAAGAGCUCAAGGAAAGGAAAAUUAUGAAGCUGCUGCUCAAAAUAAAAAACGGUACACCGCCCAUGUGUAAAGCGGCGUUACGUCAGAUAACGGAUAAGGCGCGAGACUUCGGCGCCGGCCCCUUGUUCAACCAGAUUUUGCCCCUACUCAUGAGCCCCACACUAGAAGAUCAAGAAAGACAUCUGCUGGUGAAAGUCAUAGACCGAAUCCUAUACAAACUUGACGAUUUGGUCCGACCGUAUGUACACAAAAUUCUUGUAGUUAUUGAACCUCUUCUUAUCGACGAAGAUUAUUACGCUCGUGUGGAGGGUCGUGAAAUUAUUUCCAAUUUGGCUAAAGCUGCUGGGCUAGCGACUAUGAUUUCAACUAUGAGACCUGACAUAGACAAUAUUGAUGAGUAUGUUCGUAACACUACUGCCAGAGCAUUUGCUGUGGUAGCUUCAGCUUUAGGCAUUCCGUCGCUUCUACCUUUCUUGAAAGCCGUGUGCAGAUCAAAGAAAUCUUGGCAAGCUCGCCACACUGGUAUCAAGAUUGUUCAGCAAAUCGCUAUUUUGAUGGGAUGUGCAAUUCUGCCGCAUCUAAAGUCACUUGUAGAAAUUAUUGAGCAUGGUCUUGUAGAUGAGCAGCAGAAAGUCCGAACAAUCACGGCGUUGGCAAGUGCCGCUCUUGCUGAGGCAGCCACGCCCUACGGUAUCGAGUCCUUCGACUCCGUACUCAAGCCGCUGUGGAAAGGUAUCCGAACCCACCGUGGUAAAGGUCUGGCCGCCUUCCUCAAGGCCAUUGGGUACCUCAUCCCGCUCAUGGACGCCGAAUACGCCAACUACUAUACCAGAGAAGUGAUGCUUAUUCUCAUUCGUGAGUUCCAGUCGCCCGACGAAGAAAUGAAGAAAAUUGUGUUAAAGGUAGUGAAACAGUGUUGCGGCACUGACGGUGUGGAGGCUCAAUAUAUUAUGGACGAAAUUUUGCCACAUUUCUUCAAGCACUUCUGGAACCAUCGCAUGGCUUUGGAUCGUCGUAACUAUCGGCAGCUGGUAGAUACUACAGUCGAAAUAGCUAAUAAGGUUGGAGCUUCAGAAAUAAUUAACAGGAUUGUAGAUGAUCUCAAAGAUGACAAUGAACAAUACAGAAAAAUGGUUAUGGAGUCCAUUGAGAAAAUUCUUGCCAACCUUGGGGCUGCUGAUAUUGACUCAAAGCUAGAAGAGGCUCUUAUAGACGGUAUACUUUAUGCAUUCCAAGAACAGACUACAGAGGAUGUUGUGAUGUUAAAUGGUUUUGGCACAAUAGUGAAUCAGUUAGGCAAGCGCGUGAAACCAUAUCUGCCACAGAUCUGUGGUAUAAUAUUGUGGCGAAUGAACAACAAGUCGGCUAAGGUGCGACAACAGGCCGCCGAUUUGAUAUCGCGUAUUGCUGUCGUUAUGAAAACCUGUCAAGAGGAAAAACUAAUGGGACAUCUUGGUGUAGUGCUUUAUGAGUACUUGGGAGAGGAGUACCCCGAAGUGUUGGGUUCAAUAUUGGGCGCACUCAAGGCUAUUGUAAACGUCAUCGGUAUGACGAAAAUGACGCCCCCCAUCAAAGAUCUGUUACCUAGGUUGACCCCUAUAUUGAAAAACAGACAUGAGAAAGUGCAAGAGAAUUGCAUUGACCUAGUGGGUCGUAUUGCAGACAGAGGACCAGAGUUUGUGUCGGCUCGAGAGUGGAUGAGGAUUUGCUUUGAGCUGCUCGAGUUGUUGAAGGCGCAUAAAAAGGCGAUCCGACGAGCCACCGUCAACACGUUCGGUUACAUCGCCAAAGCCAUUGGACCCCACGAUGUGCUCGCCACGCUACUCAACAAUCUCAAAGUACAGGAGCGACAGAACAGAGUUUGCACCACAGUGGCGAUAGCUAUUGUCGCCGAAACGUGUUCGCCGUUCACAGUAUUACCAGCUCUGAUGAACGAGUACAGAGUGCCAGAGUUAAAUGUACAGAAUGGAGUACUCAAAUCGCUAUCGUUCUUGUUUGAAUAUAUCGGUGAAAUGGGAAAAGAUUACAUCUACGCCGUGUGCCCCUUGUUAGAAGACGCGCUCAUGGACAGAGAUCUGGUGCACCGUCAGACGGCGUGCGCGGCGAUAAAGCACAUGGCGCUAGGCGUAUACGGGUUCGGGUGUGAGGACGCGCUCGUCCACCUGCUCAACCACGUGUGGCCGAACAUAUUCGAGACCUCGCCACAUCUCGUCCAGGCAUUCAUGGAUGCCGUCGAGGGCAUGAGAGUCGCGCUCGGACCUAUCAAAAUACUGCAGUACGCGUUGCAGGGUCUAUUCCAUCCGGCGAGGAAAGUCCGCGAUGUGUACUGGAAGAUCUACAACACGCUGUACAUCGGAGGACAGGACGCGCUAGUGGCGGGCUACCCGCGAAUACAGAACGACCCUAACAACCACUUCAUAAGAUACGAGCUAGAUUAUUUGUUGUAAUUAUAAGUAAUUUCGUCUAAUAUACCAGUACACUUGCA